CCCCCUCCCUCUCAUGACACCGGCUUUGAGCCUGAUCGGCUGAUGAUUGGCUGUUCUGCCUUAAGUCCCGCCUCUCUUGGAGUGUUAUCGGUCAGCUCAUUCUGACGAGGCGAGGCGGGAACUUAUGGUUAUUGUUAUUUACAUCUCCCUUUUCCAGGUACUUGGAAUGAGUGUUUGUGCUUUCAAGGUUUUUAAAUAAACUUGAUAUGUGUUUGGGAAGAUGUUCUGUUAUCGUUUUGUUGACAUGUCGAGUGUUUUCGGUAUUAUAUUUCGUUUUUUAGACUAAGGCUAAUUGCUAUUAUUGGGAUAUUGUUCAGCAGCUAACUUAGCUAAAUUCAGUUAUGUAACGUUAUGUGGCAUGCAAUGUAUAACAUAACUGUGAUGAAGGAGGCAGGGAAUUGACGAGAAGGGGGGACAAACUGCCAUUGUUAAGCAGUGUAUUUUUGGGUCAUUGCCAGUGCAACUGAUUUUGAUAUUUUGAGUAUUGUUUGUUGAUUAGCUGAAUACUUUUGUGGAUACUUCCCUGUUGUGUUUAAUUGUAACGUUACCUGUUGAGGAGAAAAAAGUGAGAAAUGAUGACAUUGUUUGCAUACCUGUUGAAGAACUAUGAAAGAAAAGUGUAUAUUUGUGUGGGCAUUUUUUUCUCCUCUUUUCUCCCCUUUUCAGGCCAUAAGUAAGCAAAAUUUAGCAGUCUCAGUCACAGUCCUGUCAGACCCAUGUCACUAUCAAGCUUACCACUGUCUUUUUGUCACGCAGUAUCAUUAAGAUGCAGAAAAGAAAGAGGCAGGAGAAGAUUGACACCUUUUUCAAGAGAAAUCCUGAGAGGAAAUUGCUGGAGGCAUCAGUUUCAGAGAGAGCACAGGAAGGUUCUCAGGUGAGCAAUGAAAAUAAUGUUACAGUUUCUGAAAGGGGUCUAUGAAGGAAGAGAGGCCAUGUGUGUGUGCGUGUGUGUGUGUUUGUGUCAUGGGUGGUGCUUAUUUCCAUCCCAGGUGCACACGUGUGUCUGGUGUGUUUUCAUUUCAAAUGUUUUGAUUAGGGUGUAUUUGAGGAUGUGGCCAGAAGUGAAGAAGACAGAGAUGAAGCGGGAGGAAAAGGCAGACACGAAGCAGGCAGACAAGAAGAACAGAGUGAGGGAGAGGUCAGGGAGGAUAAGGAUGAAGAUGAAAUGGUAGAGAGAGUAGCAGAGAACUCAAACAUGGCUGUUACUCGCCAUCAGUUCAGUAAGCCCAAUCAACCAGAUCCAAAAUUAAUUGCUAAACAGUCCUUGCCCAAAUAUACUCUGAGUUUUCAAACUCAGUGGUACCAGAAAUUUCCAUGGCUCCAUGUGAGUCCUGGUGUUGAGGGUGUAUUGUGCUUUUACUGCUCCAAAGCCUUUAACUCUGAGACAUCACCUCUUGCCAAGAAUGCUGAUUCAGCAUUCAUUUCAUCUGGGUUUAAAAAUUGGAAAAAAGCCCUUGAGCGAUUUACUGUGCAUGAGAGAUCUGAUAGUCAUAAGACAGCCAUGACAACGCACAUCUAUGAAGAUCGAUCAGUACAGGUUCAGCUAUCUAGUGUGAGUGUGAAACAGCAAGAGGAAGCAAGGGGAUGUCUUCUCAAAAUCAUUGGUGCUGUGCAGAUGUUGGCUAGGCAGGGCUUACCUUUUAGGGGCCAUGAAUGUGGUGAGGGAAAUUUUGAACAGGUUCUGAAGUACAAAUCAGAGGAUGACCCCUCUCUAGCCAAGUGGUUGACAGGUGGUAGAAAGGAUGUAUAUACUUCAGCUAUGGUUCAAAAUGAAAUCCUGACUUUGUUCAGCAGCGUGAUCAUACGAGAAAUAGUUGAAAGCAUCAGAUCACUUCCACACCUGCAGUACUCUGUGAUGAUGGAUGGGACACGAGACGUGUCUGGAAAAGAGCAAGAGGCAGUGUGUUUGAGAUAUCUUGACAAGGAUUUAGUCCCUCAUGAAGAAUUUAUUGGUCUUUAUGAGGUUUCUUUGACAACAGGAGAAAAUCUAGCAAAAGUAGUCAUGGAUGUUUUGCAGCGCCUAAACUUGCCUAUCACUGGGUUGCGUGGCCAAGCAUACGAUGGGGCCGCAAAUAUGGCUGGCAAAUACAAUGGAGCACAGGCCAUUGUACGAAAAAUACAACCUCUGGCUCCCUAUGUUCAUUGUGCUGCCCACUGUGUUAACCUAAUUACACAGCGGUCCUGUACUGCCUCAAUAUUUAUCCGUAAUUCUCUGGAUUGGGUCAAUGAGUUGGGAGUGUUGUUUGGGCAGUCAGGGAAACUGAAGGACAUAUUUAAGGGAAUUGCAAGGUCUGAGGAGGGUGAGGGUCCAUGUCACAGUAUAAGACCUCUGUGUCCAACAAGGUGGACGGUCCGCACUAGUGCCAUCCGCACUGUGCUAAACCAGUACGAGUGCAUAAUCAAGGCUUUGGCUGAGAUGGCAGUGAGUGAGUCUGAUGCGGCUAGUAAGGCACAGGGGCUGUACGAGACAUUUCAGCAGGGAAAUGUUGUCCUUGGUCUUGUAUGUGCUUUGGAGAUCACAGGGGAGUUGGAGGUUUUGAAUAUGUCCCUCCAGAGCAGAACACAGACCCUAGAUGGUAUGCUUUCAGCUGUUGCCUGUGUUAAGGAAAGUUUCAGCAAAAAGAGAAACACAGAGAGUUUUCAGGCUCUUUACAUGAAAGCAACAAGGAUGUGUGAGACACUCCAUCUCACUCCUAUUGCCUCUCCUCGUGUCCGUAUCCCACCUCAGCGCUUCACAGGUAAUGCUCCUGCACAUGUACAUGUCUCCCCUCCUGACUACUACAGGACUGAAUUCUACAAAGUUCUGGAUGUUGCUGACAUGCAGUUUAGAGAACGAUUUGAGCAGGAGGGAAUGCAAAUGUUAAGGCACCUGGAACAAGUUCUCUUAACUGGAAAGAUACAUGGUGUUGUCCAACAGUACCCAGAAAUCAACCCAGACAUCCUCAAAGUUCAGCUUGCAUUGUUCAGAAUGAAGUACAGCUUCCAGUCUAGUACUGAAAUUGUUGCUAUUCUUCAAGGGAUGACCCCAGAGGUCCGUGGUCUCUUUGACCAAGUCGAAACAGUGACCCGACUCCUCCUAGUUGUGCCUGUGUCAUCAGCAGAGUCAGAAAGGAGUUUCAGCAGCCUCCGGAGGCUGAAAACAUGGCUUCGCAGCACCAUGACACAAACCCGCCUGAACAGUAUUGCUGUGUGCAAUGUACAUAAAGACAAGCUGGACAGGGUAAACAGAAAAAUGAUUGCUGAACAGUUUGUCUCCUGUAAGGAGGGCAGAAAGAGCACUUUUGGUUCUUUCAAAUGAGUGGUAGUUGGUCAUAUGUUCAUUGGCCAGUUGGUUGUUGUUUUUGGUUGCGACUAUAUAAAUAUUAUUAUUUUUUGUUCUUAAUAUAUGUUGUUUGUAUAUCUGGAGUUUGUAACAAAAAUAAUUUCCCCCUGGGAUUAUUAAAGUAUUCCUGAUUCUGAUUUUUUUUCUGAAGUCUAUUGUUGGGUCUUUUCACAACAGAGUUUUGACUUUUUUUCCGUGUGUUCCAAGUGUGUUUUUAUACUUAUCUAGUAUCACUCAUUUAAAUGGGAAGCUUUUUAUAUCUUGUAUGUUAUACAUUUUGUACCCCUCUAUCACUGUAUUCAUCGUUUUUAUUGUUUAUAAACAAACCACAUUCAUCCCCCACACUUUUGAAAAGCUUGCUACGCCCCUGCCGGGCCCUGUUUGUUUGCUGGUAAUGUAACGGAAAUUAGAUCGCAAGGCUUUCAUAUUCUCUGUGUGUUUCCUCAAAUUUAACAAGGUAGCCCCAGACUUUUGUCUGUGGUAAUCCCUGGUCUGGUUUUGGCCAACUCGCACAGCUAAUAUGCAUUUGAUUAGAGCUUAAGACGCUGACAUAAGAGCCCUUAAGUGAGGUUGUAAAAGUUUGAGGAAGUGAAGGACUUUAUUCACUAUUAUUUUGUUUUAAGGCUCUUAUUAACAUUUCAUGUUGCUUUUAGGAGUAUGCAUGCAAAGUUAAAAGUUGAAAGUCUUAUUGUUUGUGUCACGUGUCCAUGUCUAAGCAGAUAAAAGUAUGUUAUGUGAUGACUUACAGCUAUAUAAGUACAAACGAGCGAGAGAGAAAGAAUACAAAAGAUGAACUAUUAUCUGUUCUCUGACAAGAGAGCGAGAACAAGUUGUUCAGACACAUGCCAAAGUUCAGAGAAUCAGUGUCAGCGUUUGCCAUUGUGGCGGUUUACAAAGAAUUCAUGAUGCAUUGAAAGCUCUUUUAUAUGGUGUUUUGUUUAAGUUUUGUAUUUCAGGCAAGAUUGUGACUGUAUAAGUGUUUGGUCUUGGGUCGUCCUCUAGAACAACCGUAAUACAUGUAACAAUUCAAGGAAAGUAUAAUCAGUAGGGUUUCCUGGUUACUUUUAAUAAAGCCUGUUCCACCUUCAAGAGGUUAUUGCAUAACAGCUAUCAAGGCUUUAAGUUUCAUUCAAGUUCUCACAUGCUUUACCAUGUGACUGACGCCGAUCAUAGGUUUGACACCCAGCUCAUAUAAACAAAGCAGGCUUUGCACGAAAAGGGUAUAUACUAUUUAUCUGUGUGUCUGUCUGUCUAUACAUCUAUCUUUUGCAGUGAAUAAAGGUGCUUUUUGUUUUUGCAUCCCUGUUAGCAAAAUUGGACAUUUCUAAAUACACAUUAAAACAUUACAUAUUAUUUGAUUUAUGUCACAUAAGACUCAUUCCGCUCCUUCUAUCAUCCCCAUCUAUGAAAAAAGGAAACAUUCAAUAUCAACACAGCGGUCGAUGUUCCUAAACAAUGGCCCUCAUAUGCAUGAAACCUGAGUGUUAAUUACUAUGCCGAUGAAAAUUUUAGAACAUAAUUAUUUGUUGAUAUGUAAAAUAAGACAUGUGGUUAAUGGUUUAUUGACUUGUCUUUUUCAGGAGUGACAGGACAAAUGCCAUAUUGUAUAAAUUUGGAAAUAUAUUCACUAGGGAGGGUUGCCUGCAAAUCUCCUAGACUAAUUGUGUUUCUUUCAGUAAUACAAAUAAUUCAAGUUUGAUUUGAGGCCAGAAAACACAUAUGAUGACGGUACACAUUUGAUGUUUUGACCACAGUUGUUGCUAUUGUAACUGUGAGGGGACAAGUGAUCCAUUAUGCUUUUAUCCAGACUUAAACACACAUGUGAAUGAGCAAACGCACACAGAAACACGUGAUCAGGCCUUUCAAGUAGGCACGGAGAUACUCAGACAUAUUUAAAAGACUAAUGAAAUAAGCCCUGCUUCUAUUCAAACACACAAUUUCUGUUUGUGUCUGUGACAAAGAGAAGGAAGAGACUUUAGGCCCAAAAAAUACAGUGAAUGAACCGCAACGGAGUAAAAAUGUACAGUACAUUUCAUUAAUUUAGAUAAUGUUAAUAUACCACAUAACUAAAACUUGUUGUUUACUUUUAUAGUAUACUGACAAAAAGAAAAAAGCCACAUGAUGAACCAAAGUUCUACAAUACAGAUACAAAAUGGCAUCAUGGGAACACAAAUGUACAGUGGCCGAGAGAGUGCAACUCGCUGCAACUUUAGAAAACACAUGCAAAUAGAAAAGCACCAGCAAAUCAAGAAAACAUCAUCAUCAGUUUGACAGCAGGUGCUGAAAAUGCUCACAACUCAACCAAAUAAAGAAUUUUAUCUGCAUUUGGUUAGGAGUAUUUGCAGCACAUUUGUUGUCAAAUUGAUGAAGUUGUUUUCUUAAUUUGCAGAUGUGUAUUUGUUUCUAUUUGCAGUGCGUUUCGUUAUUUGGUUGUUGUGAUCAUUUGCAGUGAGUGUGUUGUCAAAUUGAUGAAGUUGUUUUCUUAAUUUGCAGCUAUUUUAUUUUUCUAUGUGCAGCUUGUUGAGGUCUCGACAACUGUACAAAUGACACUAAAUAAUGCAAUAAACAUAAUUUAGCAUUAUUAGAUAUAACGUAAAUCCAUAAUAUACGUAAGUUGUCAUCAAAUGUGAAGUUACACAUAAUUCUUGGACAAAAUUUGCCAAUUUAUGGUUUACCACUGUAAUUUAUUAGAUGACUCUCUUUCACUUCCAAAAUUGUAAAUUUAACAGUAUUUUACUAUUGAAUUACAUGAAAUGUCACAUUAGAUGUAUUAUAGCUUUUUACCAUAAGGGAACUUACCAAUAAAGAAGUAGUAAACUUCCAGAAUUAAAUUUCUGUCAUUGAAAUUCAAAGAUCAUUUUGAAUGUGUAUUUUUAUGGAACACAAGCAGUUAAUUUAAUUUAAGAGAUGUAAUGAGAUUGUUUUAACAGUAAUGUACAAAUCCAGAUCUGAA